AUGCCUCAGCAAUCACCAUUUUCCUCUUCGUUCUCCUAUGGGUGGACUUAUGAUGUCUUUCUCAAUUUCCGAGGUGAAGAUACUCGCUUUGGUUUUGCUCGAAACCUCUACGAGGCUUUACAACAAAAGGCUAUCCAUACUUUUCUAGACAAUGAAAGGCUUAGAAAAGGAGAAAAGAUUACACCAUCACUUCUUAAAGCAAUCCAAAAGUCUAGAAUGGCAAUCACUAUUUUCUCUAAAAACUAUGCUUCUUCUACGUUUUGUUUAGAUGAGCUUGUUCACAUCCUUGAGCAUAUAAAUAAAAAAGGUAGAUUGGUUUUGCCCAUUUUUUAUGACGUAGAUCCAUCAGAAGUACGCCAUCAAAGAAAAAAUAAUGGAGAAGUAUUUGCUCAGCAUGGAAGGAGGUUUAAAAAUGACAAGGAGAAGGUGCAAAAAUGGAGCUCGGCUCUACAAGAUGCUGCUACUCUCUCGGGUUUCCAUUUCAAACCUGGGUAUCAAUACGAAUAUGCUUUGAUCAAAGCGAUUGUUAAAGAGGUCACUAGGAGAAUCAACCGAAAGCCUUUACAUGUUGCUGAUUAUCCAGUUGGACUUGAGUAUCGAGUGCAAAAAGUAAAUUCUCUUCUCGAUGUUGAAUCUAGUGAAGGGGUCCAAAUGGUAGGAAUAUGUGGCACCGGUGGAAUAGGAAAAUCAACAAUUGCUCGAGCAGUAUGCGGUUUGAUUGUGGACUCAUUUGAAGGGUUUUGUUUUCUUGCUGAUGUCAGAGAAAAUUCAAUUAAUCAUGGCCUAGUGUAUCUCCAGGAAAUACUUCUUUCUGAAAUGCUGGAGGAAGACGUUAAAUUAAGAGAUGUUAAUCAAGGAAUUCCAAUAAUAAAGCAUAGGCUCCACAAAAAGAAGGUUCUUCUUGUUCUUGAUGAUGUUGAUGAGCUAAAGCAAUUACAAGCAAUUGCUGGGGGACCUGAUUGGUUCGGUUCUGGUAGCAGAAUCAUUGUAACAACAAGGGAUAAGCAUUUGCUAGUAAGCCAUGGUGUUAAAAGAAUUUAUGAGGUAGACUUUUUAAAUAGAGAAGAAGGUCUUGAAUUGCUUAAAUGGCAUGCCUUUAAACAGAGUAGAGUUGAUGCAAGUUACAUGGACAUUUUAAACCAUGCGGUAUUCUAUGCGUGUGGUCUUCCAUUGGCUUUGGAAGUUAUUGGUUCCGAUUUGUUCAGUAGAGAAAUAAAUUAUUGGAAUUCCGCAUUAGAACAUAGUAUUCCAAUUAAAGAGAUCCAACAAAUUCUGAAGGUAAGCUAUGAUGCUUUGGAGGAAUAUGAGCAAGAAAAUUUUCUUGGCAUUGCUUGUUGCUUUAAAGGUGACAGUUUUGAAUAUGUUAGAAGCGCUUUGUUUGCACGCCGUAUAUGCCCAGAUUAUGGUGUUAAAGUGUUGAUUGAUAAAUGUCUGAUAAAGAUUAAUCAUGGUAAGGUGACCAUGCAUGAUUUGAUUCAAGCCAUGGGUAAAGAAAUUCUGCGACAGAAAUCAUCAUAUGAGCCUGGCAAGCGCACUAGGUUAUGGCUUCAUAAGGACAUUCUCCAUGUUUUAGAAGAAAACAAGGGUUCUGGGAAGAUUGAAGCCAUAAAUCUAGACAUGCCUGGAGAUAUAGUGAUUGAUUGGAGUGGAAAUGCCUUCAAAAGGAUGCCCAAUCUUAAGAUACUUAUCAUCAGAAAUGCACAGUUUUCUACAGGACCCACGCAUCUCCCCAACAGUUUAAGAGUGUUGGAUUGGAAGGGAUAUCCUUGUCCAUCUUUACCGUCUGAUUUUAACCCCAAGGAGCUAAUUAUCCUCAAAAUGCCGGAAACUUUCCUGCAACCGGAUGUGCUACUCAACGCAUGCAGACUUAUUAAGACUCAGUUGUUUUUGAUCUUGUCUCGCAGAAUCCCAGAUUUGAGGGAAUUGUGUUUGGAAUGCUGCAACAAGUUAAUUGAGGUUCAUGUGUCCAUUGGAUUUCUUGGUAAGCUUAAAAGGUUGAGUGUUAAACACUGCAGGAAGCUCAAGACCUUUCCAAGUAUCAAGUUAACAUCUCUAGAGUUUCUCGACCUUUCUUGGUGCUCCAGCCUCACAAGAUUCCCAGAAGUCCGAGUUAAUGGCACAGAUGUUGGGUUUCCCGAAGGGCAAACAAUUUUGUCAUCCCUUACAACACCACACGUCUUUUUGUUUGAUUUGCGGCGGUUUGUUCUCGAGGAUAAACUGAGAAGUGUAGUUUCAGAGCGGGGAUGGAACCAUGUGGAGAUAUCCUGUGUCUUGAGUUACAUAAAUUGCUCCGAUCCAAUGGUUUUGGGUAAAAUAUAUUGUAUAUCAAAGGCAAAAUGGAGUGGAGCAUAUGUGUACAAGCAAAAGUCCAAAAUGGAAGAUAUUCGAUUCAUAAAUCUUUGCCAAGAAGCAGUAUCGGAGUUGUCGAAAGGAUCUUCCAUGAAUCCAGACAGUUUUACUGAGUCAGUCCUGCCUAGAAUGAAGUGGUCUGACAUGGAUUUCAAAGUCAGUGGAGACAGUAACAACAAUGCAGAUAUGUCCCUUUUAUCCAAACCCAUUGCUGAAUCUCAUUCAGUCACUGGAAUAGAAAAUAAUAUUAGGAAGAGGGACGGGAGAGAUCUAUCAAUAUGGGUCCCACCUCCUCUCACUCGUUCUCUUCUCUGUCCCUCUUGGAUGAGAAAUGAAGAAUCAGAAGGAAAAUGCUACGCUGUUACUAAGAAGUAA